AUGUCCAACUCCCCCACCACCCCCCAACCCCAACCCCAACCCCCACCCGCCACCCCCGCAAUCCUCUUCUCCCUCGAAGUAGCCUGCGACCUAAUCAAAGCCACGCGCAGCUCACCUCCCGCCUGGCAAGCCGCAAAACCAGGCAUCGACGCCGCGAUCAGGAGUCUACGGCUCGCAUCCUCUAUCGAGCCCGGCGUGGCGGCUGUGCAGGAGGGACGGCUGCGCCCUGACAUCCGUAAGCAGCAGCAGCAGCAGCAGCAGCAGUUCCGGUCGAAGGGUGGGGGGAGUGAGGACGGGAGUAGUGGAAGUGGGGGUGGGAAGGCGCGGCAGGUGGAGGGGGAGCCGGCGGUGGUGUCGGAGCGGAGGCUUUGUGGGAGUGGUAGUGUGAGCGCGAGUGCGAGUGCGGAUGGGCGGACGGAUGGCGCGAGGAGGACCAGGCGAGAGCGGUUCCAUCCGUAUAGGAGGAGGGUUUGCCGCGCUAGUGACCGGCACCGAGCGACGGAGGAGAAGGAGGAGGAGGAGGAGGAGCCGGCUGGGCGUACUGAGGCCGCUUCGUUUGCGACGAUGGAGGAAGCUCCUGAUGUCGACGAUCCAACGGCCGGGAUUACCGCUGCCAAAUCCAGCUUCAAAGACGAUGAAGAAAAAGAAGAAGAAGACGAUGGCGACGAAUACGACAGCGAAGACGACGACAACGACGACGACGACGACAUCUCCGUCGACUGGACCUCCUCCUCGCACCCCCUCACUCCAGCACACACAACUCGCGCGCACGACACUUCCACCAGCUCGCUCAAGCGCGCAGUCCCGCUUAUGGACGCGACGCCCUACAGAUCCGCGCUGAAGCUCUGGGACCGGCGCAAUGCGAAAGUGCGGCGAGAGCGGGAGCAGUGGAUGCGGUACGCGAUGGAAGCGGACGAGCAGGUGGAGGUGUGGCAGGCGCGGGCGGAGAGGGAGAGCGAGGCGGCGAGGAGAGCGGAGGAGCAGGCGGGGGUGUGGAGGGAGAGGUGUGCGGUUUGGGAGAGGGAGGCUGUGCGGUUGAUGGAGGUGGCUGGGGGUGGGCUUGUUGUGGGGUGUUGA